CACUGCUCAGUUCUCUUUCUGCCUAUUUCCUUGCCCUUAUCAUCUCUAUAUUAAACAAAGAGAAGAUUUUAACAUCACUCUGCAGACUGAACCAGGGCUCACACUUGCUAGGCAAAGCAUCCUGCCACUAAACUAAAUUGCCAACCCAACUUAAACCAUUUUGGAGUUUGUGUUUCAGUUGAACUACCUGUUUCAUCUCAAAGUCACCAUGAGCUCGAAGAAGCGCAGAUCACAGAAGAUCCCGUUCAAUGCAAGGAAAAAUGCAAAAAUCGAUGACUAUUUCUCUCAGGUUCCCAAAGAAGAGCAGAAUGAUUCCGAUAUUUCUCAAGCAAAAGUGAACUCCAGAAAAACACCAAGAGAUAUAACCAACACCCAGGAUUGCACAGCCAAGAAAAUCCGACAAGAUCAGACUCCUCCCCUAAAUAAGACAAUUACGUUCACCUUGGAGGUGAACCGCAGGAAAAACAAAAACAUGAAACAUGUACUUACACAUAGUGAGACAAGUAGCUUAUAUGCAGCACUCAACACUCAUGAUGCUGUCAAAGAAGAGAUAAAAAGACAAAAAGGCAAAGAAAUGCUGGUGUACGGCACAAAAGGAAUAGAAGGGUACGUAAACCUCGGCAUGCCCCUCUGCUGUUUUCCAGAAGGCAGCCACGUGGUCUUUAAAUUUUCUCGAUGUAAAAGUGAGCCAGAAGAAAAUAAACGAUUGUUUGAACCACAGAACCUACCAUCUACCAGUUAUGUCCGAUUUUACAUUUAUGCAAUUGGGAGUAAGAAGAAAAGGAUUCUGAAGUGUAGAGAACUUCACGAGGAGGGGACCAAAGUCUGUGUGUAUGGCAUCAAAGGAGAGACCAUCAAGGACACUCUGAUGAAGGACGGCAGGUUUUACUCCUUUGUGGAGAGUGACCAUUGGAAACUCAUUAGUGACCUGGACACCAUCAUAGCAAACACCCAGCCAGUUGAUGAGUUAGAGGGCAAGCUCUUUCAGGUCAAGGCUGAACAAACAAAAAUCCCGAGGGUAGUGUCUGUCACUCAGAAUUCUGAGUCAGAGGACAGAAACUUUCAUGAGGUAGAUAAAUACAUUGUGGAUGAGUACCCCACAUUGAAAGAACAACGAGAAAAACUCAGAGCAUAUAUCAAGGAAGAAAAUGAAAAAGGAAAGAAGAAAUUUUCCUUAUUCAAAGUACAUAAAGAAAACUUUGGGAAACUGACAAAAAAUUCUACUUCUGUUAAACUGCUCAAACAUCUUUCACAGGUCAGUGACUCAGUUGGGUACCUGAGGUGGAACAAUAAUGGAAAUGAAGGCUGUGCCACGUGCUUUGUUUUUAAAGGAUUGUAUAUUAUCACUUGUCGGCAUGUGAUAACUGGCAUCGUGGGGGAAGGCAUAGAUCCAAGUCAGUGGGAAAGCAUAAUUAGUCAGUGUGUAAAAGUGACGUUUGAUUAUGAAGAAUUCCCAUUAAGAGAAGACAGUGCUUUUAAUGUUAAACCUUGGUUUGAGAUAUCUAAUAUAAAGCUUGACUAUGCCAUCCUGGAACUCGAGGAAAAUGGAGGAUACAUACCUGCCGGACUGUAUAAUGGAAUAGGACGUGCACCACUUAAUGGGUUGAUUUAUAUCAUUGGCCAUCCAGAUGGAGAAAAGAAGUCUACUGAUGCUUGUACAGUGGUCCCUAAAGAUAAUCGAGGAAGAAAAUGUGAGGAAAAUGUUCGAGAAAGAGAGGCAGCAGGCUGCCAUUUCUCUAUGCCUUUUGUCCAUAUGUUCACCCAAAGAAGUUUCCAGGAAAUUCUUCACAGCUCUCAUUUGCUUACCUAUAACACCACAUUUUUUUUUGGGUCUUCUGGAUCCCCAGUGUUUGAUUCUUAUGGUUCAUUGGUGGCCAUGCACACUGCUGGCUUCCCUUGUAAUUACCAAAGUGGAGUUUCCAGUAUCAUUGAGUUUGGUUCUUCUAUGGAAGCCAUUAUUGCUGAUAUUAAGCAAAAUGAACAUUGGUAUAAUAUAAUUUUUGGAAAUUGUCAGGAUGAAGAAAUGUGGAGCCAAUAGUCUUAAGGACUGGAGAGGAUUUCAUCUAUUUUCCAACUUUAAGGGAACUGCCUAUGGUGUUGUUAUUCUGCAGACAAUAAUGUUUUAUGAACUUUCAAAAUGAUUGAUUUAACCAAAAAAAAAAUGGAUGUUCUAGAUUACUUCCUGUGUACUAGACAUUUCUUUUCAAAGUUCAUGAACAUCAACAACAACAACACAAAAACAUUUGAGUUGACUGUUUAAAGUAACACGAAAAAGAAGAUGAAGUACAAAUCAGGUCAGGGGACUUAGUGUCAGGAGAUGCAAAGAUCAGAAAAAGUUCAGAGAAUAGAAACUGGAAUUGUGGGCCAAAGAGAGUGAGGGAAAAGGAGCCUAUAGUUCUCCGGGCAACUUGAACCAAUUUCAAAGGCACGGCUUUAUUUGGUUCUACCUGUACCUUCCUUCUCUGCUGACCAGAGCUCAGCCAGGUCACUGAGUCACGGGUUUUUCAGCCCCGAGAGGUCUCUGAAAUCACUUGCCUUUCUUCUGCUCUGGCUUUCUGGCUUAAGACUUGGGUCUGGAAUGAACCCGCAAGGAACGCUGUGGAAGUCAUUGAGCAGGCAACUGGUCUCUGCCGUACAAUGUGGGCACCUGGGAGUUCCUGGAUUUGAGUUAUGGAGAGCAAACCCUGGAAGAGAUGGUUUGUAUGUCACGGGAUUCACCAUGGAAUAGGCCAGCAGGACGCUGCAUAGCCUAGAACAGUUCUCAGCAGUGUGACUCAAGUCCCACUCCUUGGAAGAGAAAGGAAGGUGUGGUCAGGAAGCAGUCUCACAACCAUCAAAAUCAAGGAGAACUUAUGUACUGAAGACAGCCAGAGGUCUUAGAUUAUCUCAGGGAAGGGGGAGGAGUAGGUGAGAUGAUGGGAGAGUCCACAAUUUCCCUUACUUUCUAGACAUCUAGUGCUAUUGUGUAAUGUUUUGUUUCCCCUGCUCUGUCUAGCUUUCCCAAAGGAAGUACAGAGGGACCAAAAUUUAAAAAGUGUAGUGUCUGUAGUGAGUUAUGAAAUUUUAAACAGAACAAGAGUAAAGAUUAUUUGUACGGCAUUCUCAUUGGUUUGUUCCAAAUACACAUUAUCAAUGUUAUAAAGUCAUAAAGGUGGUUUCCACAGC